AUGUCCGCCGGAUCCACAUCGAGCUCCUCCGAUGGCCGUUUGAGCGGAGCUGACGACGAGGACGCCACGGUCACGGUCAACCGCGUAUCUCUCAUAUCGAAUAUGUCCAAUGGGAAGGGAAGGACACAGGAGGAUAUUCGCCUCCUCGCCGUCUCGACCCAUAUGACGGAACUUUCGUACGCCAUCUCGGAUAUCCAGACGCGCAUUUUCGAAAUCCAGGAGUUACGGCACAAGUCGCAGUCUGCAGGCGACUCGAGCAACGCUUCCAGCACCAUUGAUACGUCCCUCAUCAGUCUGGACGAGCGGAUAGAAUCCGUCUCGAAAGGUGUCAAGACCGUGAAUGAAUCCCUCGAACCGCUGCUGAAACGCGCCGAGAAGACGCCGAUAUCCGUUGCCUUCACAUCCGGUGAAGAGGCCGGUCUUCUGCGAAAACAUGCAGACCUCAUGAUUGAGUGGGACGCCGUGCAGAAGGAGUCUCAGGUGUUGCGAGAGGAGCUGAAGGAGGACAAGUGGCUGACCGUAUUCCGCACCGUGACGGAGCAAGCAGAUGGUAUGAUGUCCAGCCUGGAGAAGGCUGUCAAUCGAUGUCAGGACUUCCUUUGGCAGGUGCAGAAACGAGGGCUGGACGAUUCACUCACAGCUUCCAAUUCAUCGUCCUCGGGCCGUUCCGACAAGCCUCUUACACUUGAUGUUUUUGAUACCAUCGUCGAUUCCUAUGAGGCCAAGAAGAAGCACUAUAUGCCGGCCACCACCAAAGUGUUGUCGAUCAUUGACAAGGGCGUGCAGGAUCGCGUGACGAAGAAUGGCGAAUGUCUACGACGCCAUGCAGAGUGCACGCAGCGCUGGCGAAAUCUCAAGGAGCGUAUAUCGAGAACAGACACCGACAUGGAGAAUCUGCGGCGCGUCUUCUUGCAGGGCGAUUCCGCCAUAAGCGAAGGAGGUUCGAGUCAGUCAGGACAGACCACCAUGUCCAAGAACGGGUAUCUUGCCACCCCGCCUAGUGGUGGGAAGUCCAAAGGACGAUCUCCCAGCGCUGCAAACACGCUUUCGAGGUCGAUAUCCCCAUUCCGCAAGAUCGCCCGGAAGCUCAGGGCAGCCGGAUCUGGCGCCAAGUCCCCUCUACCAGGCAAAGCGACCCCUGUACCGGCAAGGAGUCCUGCUUCUACACGGACGCCUUCCUCAGAGCCGACGCGUACCCUUCGCCACAGGACAUCCAUGUUCAACUUCCUCAAUGGCGGCCAACCCCCAACGCCGACUACCCCCGAGCGUCCGUCUCACAAGUACAGCAACAGUGUCACUCCGGAGUCAUCCCCAGCUAGGAGACCCGACAUAAACCCAGUGAUGAAAUCACGAGAGAGAGCAUGGAAUAGCUCGACAAAGGUUCAGACUGACGACCGAUCGGGCACUGUCAAGAAAUCAUCACGGAGCCCGUCGGUUGCUGGCCUGUCGCACUCUUUCUCUGACGAUAUACCCCCCGUUCCCACCCUGUACAAGCGAAGUCUAUCGCGUAGCUCCAUGGCGUCCUCGCGUCCGUGGUCCCCUGUCACCUCUUCUGUCUCCACCGCACAGUCUUCGACCACACCCUUCUCCCUGUAUCGGCCACCAUCACGUUCCUAUACUCCAGGACUCCCUUCCGCCAUCUCUUCUACAGCGGUCUCCCCCCGGACGCGCCCGAAGACGCCGAGCCACAUCCCCGCGCCGUCGAAAAGUCACUUCCGUUCCAUGUCCGCGGCGGGCGACGUGAGUCCCACCUCGUACAUGCAACGCGCCUUCUCCCCCUCGCGCGCGCUGUCCCCCACCCAGUCCGUCACGGGCAUCCCGGUGCGCCCGCCCAGCCGCUCUAUGAUCCCCAUCCCCAGCGUGCACGUCUCCUCUGCGUCGCGGCCCGGCACCGCGAUGUCCUACCGCCCGGACAGCGCAAUGUCCUUCCAUGGCUACGCCCAGCGCGCACAAACCCCCGAGAACGCUCUGCGCAUGACCCCACGCGGCUCGCAGAUGCGCCUCCCCCCCUCCAGCUUUCGCGACGGCGCGUCCCCCCGCACCCCGGGGUCGCGACCCGCAUCACGCACGGGCGCGGCGACACCUACCCGCGACGGCCCUUACGACAGCCCACUGCAUAUCUACACGCCUGCGAGCACGCGUGACCCGCUCGACGUCGAGGUCGCCGCAAUUGUGAACUCGAUCCCGCACGGACUACUCGUGGAGCGCGUCGACCCGCCGCUGCGGAGCGCGCCGAAGGAGGGCGAGGAGCUGCGCGCGCAGUAUGCGUUCUCGAACAUGCUCGGGCGCAAGGUCAUAACAUGCAAGCUGACGACCAUGACGCGUUCCGGCGGGAAGGGCACGUCCAAGAAGGUGAUGUGCCGCGUUGGUGGAGGCUGGCAGGACCUACAACUGUAUGUUAUGACCCGCCAAUCCGCGGUAUGA